AUGCCUGAAGUGUUCAUUGCCAUUCGUUCAUGUUCGUUUCUCAAUGCGUGGUAUGACAAGAUAAUGAUGUUGUGUCUCGCCCUGCUUGCGGUCGCGUGGAUCAAGCCUGAACGCGACCUUGUGUGUAGCCCUGAGCCCUUGGUUUAUCGUGUUUUGCAAAUCGCAAUGUGGUCUCGCUACAACGAGUCUUCUUCCCAGUCCUGGCCAGUCUCUGCGCACGAGGAAGGGGUGACACCUUUCUCCCGCUACCCUCUCCAGGACACCUUCUACAACACAUUGGCCUACUCGCACAUCGUGUUCGCAGUUCCAUAUUUAAGUUUGAUUCUUUGGCAGUUCCUCGCGACAAAGGGAACUCCAGAUCACGUGCAGCGUGGCUUGGUCCUCAAAUGGCUCGCUUUGUGUGUCGUUGGUGGAGGUUGGAUGCUUCAGAUUCGGCAUUCCUGGUUCAGCGACCCAAAGGUCUUUGAGAAGCACCCAGUGCUUUUCAGCCUGCCGUUUGCACGCAGUUUCGUAAGUGCCUUUGGUACCUCUACCGUCGUCAGUGCCUUGAGUUGCUAUUUGCUGGGGGUCAAGGACAAGUCCCGAUUGGCACCUGCAAAAGGCACACGGCAUCUCAUCAUCUUGGCAGCUGUCUUGGCGUCCUUGGCCGUGGAUGUCAACGCUUACGUCUACAUCAUUCAACAUUUGGUGAAGCUACCAGCAUGGAGCUCUUAUGGGUGGGAAAUGCUUUGGGAGAUGACAGUCAUUGGUUCGGUCUUCCCACUCUACGAUGGCCUGAAUGCGUUCGUGCUUCUUACCUGGUGGCACACCGGCAAUUUGAACUAUGUCGAACACCAUGUGAUGAACGCAGUUUGGACCAUGAGCAAAACCUGCGCUGCCGUUCUGCUCUUUUCAGCUCAUGAUGCUCACUGGUUUUGGCCUCACCCUGGGUUGGGCCUCUUCCAACGCUGGGCCGUCCAGCUUGUGCCACAGCUCUUGAUCUUGUUGCCCUACUUGCUGCGGAUCUUCAAACACGUUGCGGCCGCCCCGUCGUACCAAGAGUACAAUGCCCUGAGCCCGAGGGAGGUUCCGGGCCGCAAAAAUUAA